CUCACAAUUGAUCCAUCUGCAAACCAAUCAUGGAAGACUUCGACGUGAUCAUCGUCGGUGCGGGCAUCUCUGGCAUCAACGCCGCCUACCGACUCCAGUCUCAACACCCCAAUUUGCGAUAUGCCAUCCUUGAAGCUCGCAACAACUUAGGUGGCACCUGGGAUCUCUUCCGCUACCCAGGCAUCCGAUCCGACUCGGACCUGUUCACCUUCGGGUUCGAGUGGCACCCCUGGGACCAAGGGUGUCCCAUCGCGGACGGCCGGCUGCUCAAGCAGUACCUGCACAACGCCGCCGAGAAACAUGGCAUCGACAAGAAGAUCCGCUUCCAGCACCAGCUGCUGGGUGCCGACUGGUCGUCCGCCGACCAAAACUGGUCGCUGAGUGUCGACCACGACGGGCACACGCAGUCCCUGACGACGCGCUUCCUGGUGCUCGGCACCGGCUACUACGACUACCACCGGCCGCUGGAGGCCGACAUCCCCAACCUCGACUCCUUCCAGGGGCAGACCAUUCACCCUCAAUUCUGGCCCGAGGACCUCGACUACACCGACAAGAAGGUGGUCAUCAUCGGCAGCGGCGCCACCGCCAUCACCCUGCUGCCGAACAUGGCCAAGAAGGCGGCGCACGUCACGAUGCUGCAGCGCAGUCCGACCUAUAUCCUGUCGUUGCCGAACAGGAAGCACCCCUUGCUCAGCUACUUCCUCCCCACAAAUUUCUUCCGUCGUCUGCAGCGCAUCAACUGGAUGAUCACCUCGCGCUUGUUCUUCCUCUUCUGCCAAGCUCUGCCCUCCGUGGCCCGCUGGAUCCUCCGCCGCAACGUUACCCGCCAACUGCCCGCCCACGUCCCCUUCGACCCGCAUUUCCGUCCGCGCUACAACCCCUGGGACCAGCGGCUCUGCGUGUCGCCCGACGGCGACUUCUUCCAAAGCCUGCACACCGGCCGCGCCGACGUCAAGACGGACACCAUCCGGCAGGUUACGCCGACGGGCAUCGAGCUGAACUCGGGCGAGACGCUGGACGCCGACAUCAUCGUCACGGCGACGGGUCUGCGGCUGCAGAUCGCUGGCGGGGCGUCGCUGACGGUCGACGGCGUGCCGCAGCACAUCCCCGAGAAGUACCUUUGGCGCGGGAUGAUGCUGCAAGACGUGCCCAACACGGUGUGCAUCAUCGGCUACACCAACGCCUCGUGGACGCUAGGCGCCGACGCAACCGCCCACUUCGUAACGCGACUGUUGCGCGAGCUGGACGAGCGCGGCGCGAAGGCCGCCGUGCCGCGCCUCGACGCCGCGCAGCGAGCGUCCAUGCAGCCACGCCGACUGCUCAAUCUUAAGUCAACGUACGUGACCACCGCAGAGGAGAGCCUGCCCAAGACGGCGGAUCGCGGCCCCUGGGUCCCGCGGGACAACUACCUCGACGACAUCAGCUUUGCGCAGAAGGGGCGGAUUGACGAGGGGAUGGAGUUCACAGGGGAGACGAAGAAGCUGGCCUGAUGAUAUGGGUUGCACCGAGACUGAUAUUAUCUGAUUUGGCGUUGCUUUUCAUUGUACUUUAUUUCCCCCUG